GCCAAACUCAAAUGUGCCUUCGUAAGUCGAGUGUCGAAUCUGCAACGCUUUGAAAUUUGAAACAUCUCUCAAGUCUAUUUGAUCGAUUUUCUAGCAUCCGACCCUCGAGCGAAUAACCCAACCGACACCUUUUUUAUAUAAAAAAAAUAAUACCAUUUUUGUGUCCUUCAACCGCCAAUAUGGACAAUUUCAAGGCUUUUGGUAGCAGCUUGAGCUCUAUUGGCUCUCAGAUUACUCCCUUCGCUUCCCGUACCUUUCAGUACACCAAGGAGCAGCUUGGCCAGGCCGAGGAUAAGACCCAACUCCCUCCCGAUUAUAUUGAUCUUGAAAAACGAGUGGAUGCCCUAAAGCAAGUUCAUCAGAAGAUGCUUGCAGUGACCUCGCAAUACUCGCACGAACCUUACGACUAUCCUAACAAUCUCAAGGAGAGCUUUUCGGAUCUUGGCCGUACCGUCAGCGAGAAGGUCCAGCUCCUCUCCGCUGCCACCACCCCCGCCGAAGCUCAGGCCGCCUUGACCGCACCCCCCACCGCAAAGCCCCAGCCCAAGACCUUCUCCCACGCCAUCGCCCGAGCCAGCUUAGCAAGCUCCCAGAUCCUACACCAGCAACACACCGGCGCCGGCGAGGACCCUCUUGCGACCGCGCUCGAGAAGUAUGCGCUGGCUAGCGAGCGACUGGGCGAGGCCCGUCUCGCGCAGGAUGCCCAGAUCCAGAGCCAUUACUUGGCCGGUUGGAACACUACCCUGAACACCAAUCUGAUGUUCGCAACGCGUGCGCGCAAGAACGUCGAGAAGGCGCGCUUGACCCUCGACUCGGUCAAGGCCCGUGUUAAGGGCAAUACCUGGAAGAUCGGCCAGCACCCGCGCGAAGAUCACCACACUGAGGAGCUGAGCGCCGAAGCCCAGGAAGAGAUUGAGAAGGCCGAGGACGAAUUCGUCACUCAGACCGAAGAAGCUGUGAGCGUCAUGAAAAACGUUCUGGAUACUCCUGAGCCUCUUCGCAACCUUGCUGAGCUCGUCGCUGCCCAGCUCGAGUACCACAAGAAGGCCGCCGAGAUCUUGAACGAGCUUGCUCCUGUCAUUGAGGGUUUGCAGGUUGAGCAGGAGGCCAACUACCGCAAGAGCCGCGAGAGUGCUGCGUAGAUGAUUGAUACCCGCGAAGCCCAUGAAUAGGACGGAAUAUAUCCAUUGUAGGGCUUUGCAAAAACCGACUGGGACCAGGCUUUUAGAGCCUAUAAGGACGGUGGCAGAUCUGUCAGGAUUCUAUUUCUUUUUCCCUUUUUUUGCUGCUUGAUCUGACAUGUUGCGUGUUUGAGCAAGUGUGAUAUAGACGAGAGUGAGGCGAUCAAAGAAAUUCCUUAGCGGAAUUCCUCAAUGUUUAGUUUUCUGCUUCCGUUUAGGAGACGAUUAAUUGAGACGAUUUUGCAAA